UCGCCCGUGGCGGCACUCUGGUCCAUCCUCUUCUUCGUUCAAUGCGGGGCUUGAUGCUGAAUCUAGGACUGGAUGCCACGUUUGCCGACGUACAGACAAUGAGCACGAUGGUCUUUGAUGAAUUUCCCAACACGCGUCGAUGGAAGCCUCUAGUCGUUGGUGUUAUCGUCGUAGCGAUGUACGUCCUGGGGCUGCCCAUGUGCACAGGCGCUGGUCUGUACUGGAUAGACCUGAUGAACAUCUAUGCUACAUGCUGGUCAUUAAUACUUGUGGGACUUCUAGAGAGCAUUGUUGUGGCGUGGGUGUACGGGGCCAGGCGUUUCCUUGCUGACCUUUCUAUGAUGAUCGGAUCUAACAUUGGCUACAGCAUACUCAACAGCUACUGGUUCUUCACCUGGUGUAUAACGGCACCAUUACUCGUCCUGGGCAUUUUCAUCUUCAACUUUCUUGAAUAUGAGACGCCGAUGUCACAGGGAAUACUAUACCCUAAAUGGGCAGAGGUUCUCGGUUGGGUCAUGGCUUUCGGAACCCUGGCACCGGUACUAAUAGUAGGAGCCGUUAACGCAUUUCGCUUCGCCACGGACCGGAUCCAGACGAUCGUCCGACCGGAUCCGACCUGGGGACCGGCCCUGGAUCGCUUCCGUACGGGAGACUACGCUCCCAUCGGUCAUCAGCUAAUCACGGACGGAGAAUCGCACCUGUAUAAUAUUGACGACCUGAGCGGACAUCCGGGUGUCUACAGGCCUCAUCUCAGCGAUGAACUCCCGCAGGCCCUGUUGUGUUCUCUUGAUUCGUCGCAAGUCGUCACAGUUGUUUAAAUGAUACUGGGUGGAGAGUCCGAGAAUAAGAAGGGACUGAAAAUGAGUGAGAAAUGUGUGUGUGUUGUAGUGUGUGGUGUGUGUG